AUGUCUCCCCUGCAGCGUCCCUGGCCAUGUCCUCUGGCCGAUGCCGGCAUCUGUCUUCCGGGUUCCGUUCCCUGUGAGUGUCGGGACAUACGGGGGAUGUAACUGGCGGGAAAUUAAAAAAUGUAAAAAUGUGACAUUAUUAUUAUUAUUGGUAUCAACCAAUUUCACAUACAUUUUGUCCCUAGUGCUUUGUCCUGUGCCCUGCCUGCAUUUUUACCGUCCUUUCUGCCAGGAAACUGAGAAACGUCUAUGGCAUCAAAAAAGCGUCCCUUUAGGUCAAAAGCGGUUUUAGACCAGCUAGAGAACAGCGAUAGUAAAUCAGAACCACUUGCAGAAUUGA